CGUGGAGCAACCGGCGCUAAACCACAACGGGCAAUGCGGCGCCGCUCCGAUUUUUUAUCUGGACUUCCGCCUCUCCCCCAACGUCACUCCUUGGAUAUCCCUCCUGCUGUGUCCUACGACCCUCACUCCGUCUACUUCUGAAUUAGUCACUCGACUGUUUCAAGAUGUCUACCAUUGCUAUCGGUCUCGGUGUCGCUACUGCGGCCUUCUUGGGUCGCGCCGGUCUUCUUGCCUACCGUCGCUCCAAGGGAGGUGUGAAUGCCAUGGGCAAGGCCUUUUACAAGGGUGGUUUCGAGCCGCGCAUGAACCGCCGUGAAGCUGCCUUGAUUCUCGAGCUUCCGGAGCGUACCCUUAACAAGGACAAGGUCCGCAAGAAGCACCGCCAGCUCAUGCUUCUCAACCACCCCGAUCGUGGCGGCAGCCCGUACCUGGCGACCAAGAUCAAUGAGGCCAAGGAGUUCCUCGACAAACACACUUAAGGCUCUUCCAACGCGGAUCCUCCACUGACGACUGUUCGGGGCGUUGUUGGAUUGGGAGAGGAAACACGAACAUGCUAGGGAUGCUUU